GGAAGGAGGAGGGGACCGGGCGGAGGUGCCGCGUGUGAUGGAAGGCUACGAUUAUAUCUACGGGGUCUCACCAGUAUUGAGCGCCUUGCUGAGUAGGCGGCGGGACGUGGAGGAGUUGUACGUGCAGGAGGGGAUGACUUUGAAGGAUAAGAAGGAUAAAGCCGCCGUGUCAAAGAUCUUGGCCUGGGGGGAAGAGGGGGAGGGCGGGGCUUGCGCGGUGAAACGAACGGUGACGCAAAAGCACUACCUGAAUUUAUUGGCGGACAACCGGCCGCACCAAGGCUUC